UUGGCCUUUUCCCCUCCUGCACAAAAUUCUUGUUUGACUGGUUAAUGGUGGAAAUUGUUUAAGGGAUGUUUGUGUGUUGAGUUUUGUUUAGAAACUAUGUUUUUAAUGGUGUUUAAAUUAAUAGUUAAAAUAAAAAACUAAAAACACUUGAAUCUGUAUAUUACAUUCUUUUUCAUAAUUGUACUUAAAAAGUUAUUUGAAUCAGUCAAAUAUUAAAACAGUAAAUAAACAAGAGAAGUGAGACAACUUUUAAUGCUUAUGUGAUUUAAUUACAGCCGUACACUGGUAAAAUACAAAGUGUAUUAAAUUUGGAAACUUAAAAGAAACUGGUAGAGAAAAAUUUGAAAAAAAAGUUUGAAAGAAAAUUGUUUGAAGCACUGCAAUAUUAAAGAGAGAAAUUGAUGAGUUAAUGGUAGUAUGCGUUCCAUUGUUAGACGCUUAGAGUUUUAAACCAUCAAUCGUGUAUUGAAAGUGAAGACUUGAAAUUAAAGAGUUUUGGUUGAUGGAUGAAUCGAGCAGAAUGCUUCAACACGGAGGAUCAAGCGUUGGUCUAAUGGGUGGAAACCAAGGGCAAGGUGGGCAAAAUACUGGGGCAUACGGGAACAUGGGGCCUACCGAUGGAUCGGCUUCUCAAGGAGGAGAUCAAGCCGUCGAGGCCAGAAAACAAGAUAUUGGUGAAAUUCUUCAAUCUAUUAUGAAUAUAACAGAUCAAAGCUUGGAUGAGGCACAAGCAAGAAAACACACAUUGAACUGUCACAGAAUGAAGCCUGCUUUGUUUUCCGUUCUUUGCGAAAUAAAGGAGAAAACUGUUCUGUCACUGAGAAAUACUCAAGAGGAAGAACCACCUGAUCCUCAGUUAAUGAGGCUAGACAACAUGUUAAUAGCAGAGGGUGUAGCAGGUCCUGAGAAAGGUGGUGGAGCUGGUGCUGCAGCUUCAGCAUCAGCGGCAGCGGCUGCAGGUCCGCCUGGCCAGCCCGAUAACGCUAUCGAGCAUUCGGAUUAUCGUGCUAAACUUGCUCAAAUCAGACAAAUAUAUCAUCAGGAAUUGGAAAAAUAUGAACAGGCGUGUAAUGAAUUCACAACCCAUGUGAUGAACUUAUUGAGAGAACAAAGUCGCACAAGGCCUAUUACACCGAAAGAAAUCGAGAGAAUGGUUCAAAUUAUUCAUAAAAAGUUUUCCAGCAUUCAAAUGCAAUUGAAACAAUCUACAUGUGAAGCAGUUAUGAUUUUGAGAAGUCGAUUUCUUGAUGCUAGACGUAAGAGACGUAACUUCAGUAAGCAAGCGUCAGAAAUUUUGAAUGAAUACUUUUAUUCACACCUAAGCAACCCUUACCCCAGUGAAGAGGCAAAAGAGGAACUUGCACGAAAAUGUGGAAUCACUGUUAGCCAGGUUUCCAACUGGUUUGGGAAUAAGCGAAUUCGUUAUAAGAAAAAUAUUGGUAAAGCUCAAGAAGAAGCGAAUCUAUACGCAGCUAAGAAAGCAGCAGGAGCAUCGCCAUACAGCAUGGGUGGCGCUAGCCAAGGAACACCAACGCCAAUGAUGUCACCAGCUCCUCCUGGGGGUCCUCAGGACAUGGCAGGCUAUGGAAUGGGAAUAAAUGGUAGCGACUAUGGUUCACAACCUUAUAACGAUGGUUCCAUGGGCUAUGAUCCCAUACACCAGGAACUGUCACCUUGAAAUUCCUAAGGAAACAGUAGCGAUACGUUUAAAUAUAAAAAGGAUACGUUCGGCAAAAUCUGAUCACAUUUCUGUCAGUAAUUUAUGGCUCACCAAAACGCGCAAAAAGUACGAACAGCAAUGGAUAUCAAGUUUUUAAAGUACUAUAAAACUUACUGAUCUAGGAGUGUUCUACAGUAUAGAUAUAAAACAUUAAAAAAAAGUAUAAGUAUUAUAAGAACAUUUUGUUUCAGUCAAGAGAAUUCGUUAUUUAUUUUUAUCUUUAUAAGCGUUUUUUCAACUGAUUCACAUUGGGUAAAAAAACACUUUUGUAUAACAAAUUUUGGGAUGCAAAGUCUUAUUUUUUAAUAUCUCGAUUAUUUUAGUUGUCACCUUCAGAAUAAUUAAAUUAUUUUGGUUCGGCUUUGUGGCACCUAUAUCCUACUUAAAUCUUACUGUCUUGGAGGCUUACUCAAAAGCCUACUUGAUUUGGCAAUGACCGGCCAAUAAACUAAAUCAUGCCAUUGGUUAAAUAAAUGUUUAUAAGGCUAGUGGCCUAUCUAUUUUGAAGCCGUUUGAAUAAACACUGUUUUACUUUAAUUGUGUAGGUUUUUGAUCAAUUAUCUUCUUUAAGCAGAAUUAUUUUAAAUUGCAACAUUAAGUUAUAAAUUACGUAAAAAAGGGCACAAAAUAUUUGCUUUAAAACAUAACAGUGGGUUACAAAAAUGUUUUAGGAGAGAUCAAUGACAUUGAAUAGUUCCUGUUUUUAUGCCAACGGCUGAAAAAUAGUCAGACUAAUAGCCUGGUAAUUACUUAUUCAUUUAAUGGUCUUAUAACUUAUAGACAAGUAGAAGUUGAGAAAGUAUAUGGAUUAGAUUUUAUUUAGUGCCCGAACAUUCGAGUCAGCUUGAAUUGUUUAUUGCCCUGCAGCAUAUGCAGCAUAGGUCUUCUGAUAUUUUUGUUAUUUAAUUUAUGUAAUCCCACUUUAAUAUUCGAGAUUAGUAACUAACUUUCUACUGCUGAAAAUAAUCACUUUUAAUGUAAAUGUAACUAUGUCUUGAUCGGGCGGUACAUGGGCAACUGAGGAGCAGAAAUUUUUUUUUGAUGAGUAGUAUGCUUAGUGCUUAGCAGGUUCUUUCUCUUUACUUUGAAAGUAUUAGAAGUACGUAACUUUAGAAAUUCUUUGUUGGAUAACUAACGUUUAAUUUUAAGAUUGAUUAUACCUGACCCUCUUCGGUGAAAGUUACACGGUCCAAAAAAUUAAAUAUGAAUUGCUAUUAUUUCAUAUAUUUUGAGUUGCUUUUACAGAUAUAAAAGUAAAAAAUCAUAUUUGUAACUUUAAUAUUUUUCAUCAAACAUAGGCAUAUGUUAUAUUAUUUUACUAUGUGUAAUAUUACAGCUAUAAACAUCCCUCACCGUGGAGUGUCACGUAUUUCAACUUCGGAAAAAGUUAGACUUAUUUUUUAAAAUGUUGACGCUGUAUCGCACACUUAAGUUACACUGAUAAAAAAAUACUUCCUCAGAUAUGUAGUUUUAUGAUAUCCAGUAAAUAUACUUUAUCAUAUUUCUAUUUAAAAUAACACCCCAGUGGGCACAGAAACGUAAAUUAUCUAAUAACGUCUUUAGAAUAUAAAACGUCUUUGAGACGUCUUUUUAAGAGACAUAAACGUCGCUUCUUUUCUUACUUUAUUUCUUUAUUUCCUGAAAAAUUUUAAUGCAAUAUCCGAUUUUUAUGUAAAAAAAUAAACAUUUAACAAUAUUAUCUUCUCUAGUAUUUUAAUAUCGAAAACGUUUAGAAUGGUAAGAUAUGUAAUUGUGAAUGAUAGUUGCUAGGAUUAGAAUUAUAGAAGUCUGAAAAACACUCCUAGGCUUUUAUGGCUUUAAAGGAAAUUUUGAAAUAAAGCUUUUAUAAGAAAAAUUCAUUAUUAUAAUUUAAACAGCAGUGGGAAUAAUGAUAUAGAAAUAAGAGCUACACUCCUUGGUCGUUCGACACAACAUGAAUAAUGUAUACGAUUUUUAAAUUUAUGGUUAUAAAACAGAUAGUUUUUAGAAGAAAAAGUAAUUAAGUAAAGGAAAGUGGUGCAGGUGAGAUAAGAAAAAAAUGCAAAACUUAAGUUUAUCACAUGGUUUUAUAUUGUAAGUUUUCGUAUUUAUGAAAAGAACUGGAUUAUAAUAUGCUUUUAAAUUCCUAUACAUGUAAAAGACGUAAAAAAUUUGUAUUGGAUUUUAUUUAAAUAAACAUUAAAUACUUAAAUAAA